GUAAAGGAAAUGAAGAUAAGAGAGGGCAAACUAUCAGCAAUGGAAUAGCUGAAAAGAAUUGGCUGUAUUUAAAUGGUAAACCAGUUAUUUGCAAUCGACAUAUGGAAGUAGCUGCAAUGGUAUCCGCCAUCAACCCAUCCAUCAACUCAACAAUGGACAGUUCAGAAAUGGCUUCUAUACAACAGGCACUACUUUGGCUGUUGCAUGACAUGGGUUACUUAUCAAAAUAUCCAAUGGCUCUUGGAAAUUUGGGUGACCUUGAAGAAAUUUCCCAAUCUCCUGGUAGACCACCUCCACUGACAUUAUUUCAAGAAAGCAUUGAUGCAGAUAAGAGAUAUUAUGAUAAUCAACAUGUUUAUCCUUACACCUACAUGGGAGCAUUUCUCUUCAGAAAUGGCCAAUACAAAGCUGCACUCAGUUGUUGGUCAAAUGCUAGUGCUGUCAUGAAAGGGUAUGAAAUGAUAUUUUAUUUUAUCGUUCUUUUUAGUAAAUUGAUUUAUUAUACUGUAGCAUUCUCCAUAUCUUCCAUUUUUUUUUUAUCUGAGAAGUUCUUUAAGAGUAUUGGACA